GGCGACCUCGCUUCUCUUUCCUCUUUGGCCUCGAUAUGGAAAGUUUACCCAUCGCAGCCAAACACCACACAUCGUCUCUCAACCGUUUGAAUUCAAAUCCCUCCCUCGCCCUAUUCCUUACACACUCGCCUUUCCCGCUUGAUUCCACUCGCCCCCCGCUUUCAUUUUUUAAUUUACGUAACUGGGACAGCUGUCAUUUUGAUUUAGCGAGUAGUUUUCCGUUGCACGCGAGAGAGUUACGUUGAGGAGAACCCCCGCGCCACUAUUUGUCUUUCCCGCGAACAAUAAAUGCUUCUCCGUUCCUUCUCAUAACUCUGCAAAGCCGUAGCGCUGCCAACGAUCACCAGACUGAAGGGGGAAAGAAGAGAGAGAUAGAGAGAAAUGGGAGAGAGAGAGGGAAUGAGGAGAGAGGGAACGCCAUUAUUGCUGAACUCACCUACCAGCUGAGACCCUAACGAGUAGUUAUGGUUAGCUAGGAAGAAAUGCCACCCACAGUUCUCAAUUCAAUGCUUUGUUCACCUUCAAUUUAACUACACAACUCCUAUCUCUGCCGAUCUCUCUCUCUCUCUCUCUCUGGCCUCAAAUUCAGGGCCAGUCUUGGUCUAAAUAAUCAACAUCAUCAUUAUCCAUCGAUUUUAUCGGCAACAAGGUUCGGAUUCGAUGUGGAACUCCACCGAGAAUGCGUUCGCGAGGUCUUCGUCGUUCAGGGAAGACGGCGAGGACGAGGAGGCUCUCAGAUGGGCAGCUCUAGAGAGGUUGCCUACCUACAAUCGAGUACGGAGAGGCAUUUUCAGGGACGAAAUUGGAGAAGCGAACGAAAUCGAUGUCGGCAGGCUCGAGAUUCAACAGCAGAGGAUCAUUUUGGAUCGCCUGGCGAACUCGGUUAAUGAGGAUUACGGACGGUUUUUCGAUCGAAUGAGGCAGAGAUUUGAAGCAGUCGAUUUGGAAUUUCCAAAGAUUGAGGUUCGAUUUCAGCAUCUGGCAGUUGAAUCUUUUGUGCAUGUUGGAAGCAGGGCACUGCCCACAAUUCCCAAUUUCAUUAUCAACAUGACUGAGGCUUUUUUAAGGCAGUUGUGGUUAUACCCAGUCAGAAGAAGGAAAUUGGUGAUUUUAGAUGAUAUUAGUGGGGUAAUUAGGCCUUCCAGAUUAACACUGCUGUUAGGCCCACCGAGCUCGGGAAAGACGACACUGCUGUUGGCCCUUGCUGGGCGUCUUGGAUCUGAUUUGCAGAUGUCCGGGAGAAUUACAUAUAAUGGACAUGAUUUAAAGGAGUUUGUUCCUCAAAGGACUUCUGCUUACGUCAGUCAACAAGAUUGGCAUGCGGCAGAGAUGACUGUAAGGGAAACUAUUGAGUUUGCAGGACGUUGCCAAGGUGUUGGAACAAAAUAUGAUAUGCUUAUGGAACUCUCUAGAAGAGAAAAGCUUGCUGGGAUAAAACCAGAUGAAGAUCUUGAUAUAUUUAUGAAGGCAUUAGCUCUGGGAGGCCAGGAGACAAGCUUUGUGGUUGAGCACAUUUUAAAGAUUUUAGGGUUGGACAUAUGCGCGGAUACAUUGGUGGGAGAUGAAAUGCUAAAGGGGAUUUCUGGGGGCCAAAAGAAGCGGCUUACUACAGGUGAGUUACUGGUGGGUCCAGCUAGAGUGCUGUUAAUGGAUGAGAUAUCAACUGGGCUUGAUAGUUCAACUACUUGUCAAAUCAUCAAGUAUCUUAAGCAUGCAACUCGUGCCCUUGAUGGCACCACUGUAAUCUCUCUGCUGCAGCCUGCUCCUGAAACAUAUGAGUUGUUUGAUGAUGUUAUCCUUUUGUGUGAGGGCCAGAUUGUAUACCAGGGUCCUCGUGAUGCUGUUCCCCAGUUCUUUGCAUCUUUGGGAUUUAGAUGUCCUGAAAGAAAGAAUGUAGCAGACUUCUUGCAAGAAGUUACAUCGAAGAAGGACCAAGAGCAGUAUUGGUCUGUUCCUGACCGUCCUUACGAGUACAUACCUGUUGUUAAGUUUGCUGAAGCUUUUCGUUCAUACCAUGCUGGGAGGAAUUUGUAUGGCGAACUAGAAGUCCCUUUUGAUAGACGUUAUAACCAUCCUGCAGCAUUGUCAACUUCUCGUUAUGGUGUAAAGAGAAGCGAACUUCUCAAGACAAGCUUUAAUUGGCAGUGGCUAUUGAUGAAAAGAAAUUCAUUUAUCUAUAUUUUCAAAUUCAUUCAGCUUCUUUUUGUUGCUUUGAUCACAAUGAGUGUUUUUUUCCGGACAACAAUGCAUCAUAAUGCAAUUGAUGAUGGAGGCUUAUAUGUUGGUGAACUGUACUUUGCCAUGGUUAUUAUACUUUUUAAUGGCUUCACGGAAGUUUCAAUGCUGGUAGCCAAGCUUCCAGUUCUUUACAAGCAUAGGGACUUGCACUUCUACCCAUGCUGGGUUUACACACUUCCUUCCUGGGCCUUGAGCAUUCCAACCUCGCUUGUAGAAUCUGGUUUCUGGGUGGCAGUUACAUAUUAUGUGGUUGGAUUUGAUCCUGAAAUUACGAGAUUCUUUCAGCAGUUCCUGUUAUUUUUCUUUCUGCACCAGAUGUCUAUUGCCCUUUUCCGUAUAAUGGGAUCCUUGGGUCGAAAUAUGAUAGUUGCCAACACCUUUGGAUCUUUUGCCAUGUUGGUUGUCAUGGCCCUUGGAGGAUACAUCAUUUCAAGAGACCGUAUCCCCAGUUGGUGGCUUUGGGGUUUCUGGUUUUCUCCUCUUAUGUACGCCCAAAAUGCAGCUUCUGUAAAUGAACUUCUAGGUCACUCUUGGGAUAAGAGAGCUGGGAACUUCACUGACAUAACAUUGGGUGAGGCAGUAUUGAAAGCGCGCAGUUUGUUUCCACAGAGUUACUGGUAUUGGAUCGGCGUUGGUGCUUUGUUUGGAUAUACCCUGUUGUUCAAUGCCCUCUUCACAUUCUUUUUGACAUACCUUAACCCUUUGGGAAAGCGACAAGCUGUCAUCUCUGAUGAGGAACUGCAAGAGAGGGACAGGAGAAGGAGUGGUGAAAGUGUUGUUGAGCUGAGACAGUACUUCAAACAUUCAGGAUCUCUAACUGGAAAGAGUUUUAAGACUAGGGGCAUGGUUCUGCCAUUCCAACCACUUUCAAUGUCUUUCAGCAAUAUCAAUUAUUUUGUGGAGGUGCCUCUGGAAUUAAAGCAACAGGGGAUAUUAGAAGACAGAUUGCAAUUGCUGGUUAAUGUUACUGGAGCAUUUAGGCCUGGUGUGCUUACAGCAUUGGUUGGAGUAAGUGGUGCUGGUAAAACCACCCUCAUGGAUGUAUUAGCUGGUAGGAAAACUGGUGGCAUCAUAGAAGGGAGCAUAAAUAUAUCUGGUUAUCCAAAAAAGCAAGAAACAUUUGCUAGAGUUUCUGGUUAUUGUGAGCAGAAUGAUAUUCAUUCUCCUUGCUUAACAGUUCUUGAAUCACUUCUAUUCUCUGCUUGGCUCCGGCUACCCUUAGAUGUUAACUUGGAAACACAAAAGGCUUUUGUUGAGGAAGUUAUGGAACUUGUGGAGCUCACUUCAUUAAGUGGAGCAUUGGUUGGUCUACCUGCGGUUGAUGGUUUGUCAACAGAGCAACGAAAACGAUUAACUAUUGCUGUUGAAUUGGUUGCCAAUCCUUCUAUAGUAUUUAUGGAUGAGCCCACAUCAGGGUUGGAUGCAAGGUCUGCAGCCAUUGUUAUGAGGACAGUGAGGAAUAUUGUGAAUACAGGGCGAACAAUUGUAUGCACAAUCCAUCAGCCAAGCAUAGACAUUUUUGAAUCCUUUGAUGAGCUUUUAUUUAUGAAGCGUGGUGGAGAGCUCAUUUAUGCUGGUCCACUUGGCCCAAAGUCUUCUGAUUUGAUUCAGUUUUUUGAGGCAGUUGAAGGAGUGCCCAAGAUCAAGCCAGGAUAUAAUCCUGCUACAUGGAUGCUAGAAGCUACCUCUUCUGCAGAAGAAAACCGUCUCGGUGUUGAUUUUGCAGAAAUUUACCGAAGAUCAGACCUAUUUCAACGUAAUAAACAGCUAGUUGAAAUCCUAAGCAAGCCAAGCAGCUCUUCGAAAGAUCUGAAUUUUCCAACAAAGUAUUCUCUGUCAUCUUUUGACCAGUUUCUAGCUUGCCUUUGGAAGCAAAACCUGUCUUAUUGGCGGAACCCACAGUACACUGCAGUUCGCUUCUUCUACACUGUUGUCAUUUCUUUGAUGCUUGGAACAAUAUGCUGGAGAUUUGGGUCUAAAAGAGAAACCCAGCAAGACGUAUUUAAUGCCAUGGGAUCCAUGUAUGCAGCAAUUCUAUUCAUUGGAGUAACCAAUGGCACUGCUGUUCAGCCUGUUGUGUCUGUGGAAAGGUUUGUCUCAUAUCGAGAGAGAGCAGCAGGGAUGUAUUCUGCACUUCCAUUUGCAUUUGCUCAGGUUGCCAUAGAGUUCCCAUACGUGUUUGCGCAGGCUCUUAUUUACUGCUCAAUAUUCUACUCCAUAGCCGCAUUUGAGUGGACUGCUGUGAAAUUUAUUUGGUACAUAUUCUUCAUGUAUUUCACCAUGCUAUACUUCACCUUUUUUGGAAUGAUGACCACAGCCGUCACACCUAAUCAUAAUGUUGCUGCUAUCAUUGCUGCUCCUUUUUAUAUGCUCUGGAACCUUUUCAGUGGCUUCAUGAUUGCUUACAAGAGAAUCCCCAUAUGGUGGAGAUGGUACUACUGGGCGAACCCCAUAGCCUGGAGCCUAUAUGGUCUUCUGACUUCACAGUAUGCUGACAAGGAUGGACUCGUGCAGCUAUCCGAUGGAUUUAGAGUGCCCACAAGGAAGUUACUGAAGGAUGUUUUUGGAUUCAGACAUGAUUUCUUGGGCGUCGCUGGUUGUGUGGUGGUGAGUUUUUGUGUGAUGUUCGCGGUGAUAUUUGCUUUUGCAAUAAAAUCAUUCAACUUCCAAAAGCGAUGAGGAGGUGGAUUGGCAUGCCACGGAAAUAUGUACGGUGUACUAGAAGAGCUGCAUUCACAGCCCACAUAAACAUACUUUUUCUUUUUUCAAUUUUAUUUAUCGGAGUAUAAUGGUGAAUUAUGAUGUCUGUAUAGUAACAUAUUUUGAAGAAUGAAUUCUCUGUUAUGUAUCAGUGAAAUGAAGAUUAUACCAAGGGUUUGUGGAAUGUAAUGAUGAAUAAAAUGUACAAUCAAAUAAAGUAAUAAAUUUAAUUAUAUUCCAACUAA